AUGGCCGAAGAGGCACGCGAGCGCACGCCGGCCGAUGAGCGAGUGGCCCCGCAUAGUGAUGAAGAAGGGGAGGAUCUCAUGAAGGAGUCUGGCAACAUCGUUGGUAUGGAUAGCAGCGAUGAUGAAGAUGAUGAUGACGACGAAGAAGAGCAACGUCGUGUGGCAGAGGGUUUCAUCGUGGAUGAGAACGAGGAGGACGAAGAAGAAGGUGGAGAAAGCACACACAAGCGCAAACGGCGGCAUCGUCAUCGCGAGCUGGACGAGGAGCUAGACGAAGAUGACCUAGCUCUGCUCUCAGAAAACACGCGACCUGAAGGCGCGCGUCACAAGCGUGCACGCCCAGCUGGCGAAGAGGAGCGCACCAACGAGCUUGCGCAUAUUUUUGACGAUGAAGAUGAUGGAGCUCAGCAAGCGGACUACUUUGACGAUGGUCUCGACGACUUUAUCGAAGACGACGAAGAAGACGCUGAGAUGAGCGGCCUCAAUGAGGAAGAGCGUGAGGCGCGGCGACGUGAGAAACGGGAGGAUCGCCGAAGGGCCCGCAUGUCCGGGGCUCGUGUCGACCCACGCAAAGCGGGUAUGGACCUCGAAGCCUGGGACGAAGUGCAUGACAUCUUUGGAAACGGAGAAGAUUAUGCAUGGGCCCUGGAAGCAGACGAUGAGCAUGCGGAAGAGGCAAAGGCUCGCAUGGACUACAAGGAUAUUUUUGAACCUGCACAAAUCCGUGAGCGUCUGUUGACAGAGGAAGACGAUCGUAUUCGGCAGGUGGAUGUGCCUGAGCGCUUGCAGCUACUGAUUCCUGGUCAAGAGGGACUGGCUCUUCUGGAGCGGAAACUCACGGAUGCGGAGCUUGAUGAUGCCGCACAUUGGGCUUCAACACGUAUUUCUCCGCGGUGUACGGCCGAGUUCUUGGAGGAUUAUGCCCCACAUGCGCGGUUGCGUGCUGAAUGGUUUGCGUGUGUGCGUCAAAUGCUCGCCUAUAUGCUCAACGAUAUGCUCGAGGUGUCAUUUCUGACGCAGCACCGCCUUGACGAGCUGGAGUACACGCCCAUGGACGCGGUGCAAAAAACGACAACUACCCUCCUUGUACGACAAGAGCUCCUAACGCUGUAUACGCUCGGCAUCAAGUUCAAGUUGUUGCUGGCGAGAAAAGAUUCUCUGCGUCAGACAUUCGCUGAAUUGUCAGCCGCGGCAUUCGCUGGUCCUGAUGUGGACAUGUCGGAAGUGCAUGCAACCGUGGAAGAGCUCCUAGCCCAGGCAAGUACAUUGGAAGAAGUCACAGACAUUUCCGAAUGGCUCGCGAUGCGCUUUGGGGAGCGAUUCCGCGAGGCGACGGUGUUGGCCAAGGGCCACGAAGGUCACACACUCAAGCGACCUACGGUCUUGAGUGAGUACGAACAACGUAAGAGCACGCCACUUGCCCAGCUCGCCCAGCGUCUUGGUCUUUCGUCAUCUCAGCUAGCCGACAAUGUGGCGAGUGGCGUCCGGCAGCAUGUGCCUGAAGACGAAAGCCGAUUGCCUUUAGAAGUGGCAGACGAGUAUGCUGGUCUGGCGCCCGGUGCAGGAAAUGCGUCAACAGCUAUGGCACUGGCGCGCUCGAUUCUUGCGCACGAAAUUAGUAAGGAACCUGCUCUGCGACGCGAAGUCCGCACGCUUUUCCGCCUAUCAGCACUGCUAGACGUUGAGCCAAAUGAGCGCGGCAUGACACGUAUUGAUGAAGCGCACCCAUACUACAACUUCAAGUUCCUGCGCGGCAAGCCCGUAAGUGCCGUGCUGCAAAAUGCCUCGCAGUUCCUGCAAAUGGUCCACGCCGAGGAAGAACGUCUCGUGCACGUGACGCUUCGUUUGCCCACCGACACGGCCAGCAAGUUGGAGCAGCGUCUGCAGGAGCAGUAUGUUAGCGAUGGCGUGAGCGCUCUCUCGCAGGCAUGGAAUGAGGAGCGUCGUGCCGUCGUCGAAGAAGUUUGUGCAUCGUUUUUGCUUCCCUUGGGUCGUGCAUGGGCACGUGAAUGGCUUGUGGAAGAGUGUCGCGAAUCGCUGCUACGGCACUGUGAGCAGCGCCUGACACAGCGUGUGGAGGGUGGCCCUGUACAGUCGGCGGGCAUGCUGAGUCGUCAAAGAGAUCCCAACUGGGAUGAGCACGUAUCGCGCGUGCCGCGUGUGUUGGCUGUAUCACAUGGCUCGGGCGAUCCACGCACGAGUCAGAUUGUGGCCGUGUCGCUAGAUGAGGAUGGUCAUCUUAUUGAGCGCGCAACCUUUGAUUCACUUCGCGCGCCACUUGUACAGGAUGAAGAAGCAGACGACCCGCGUGCCGGGUUUGUUGAGCUUAUCAAGCGCCGGCAUCCUGAUGUCGUCGUGGUGAAUGGGUUUAGUGCGCGGUCGCAGGACCUCAAGAUGACCGUGAAAAGCCUGGUUGAUGCAGCCUUCGAUGAGCGUGUGCGUGAAGAAGGGCUCGAGGGUCUGGCAGCACAGCAUCUGCGUAUGGAUGUGGUCAGUGUGUACGAUGAUGUCGCGCGUCUGUACCAACACAGCGCACGCGCCGCGGAUGAGUUCCCAGAAUUGAGUGUGUUGGCUCGUUACUGUGUGGGUCUCGCACGGUAUGCGCAGUCCCCUGUCAAUGAGUUUGCCGCACUUGGCGCGGAUGUAACGGCCGUUCAGUUUGACCCUGCACAGCGCUUACUGCCUGCUGAUCGUCUUCGCGCGUCCCUUGAGCGGGCGAUUGUGAUGCUCGUAAACGAUAUCGGUCUGGACUUGCAAACGGCACUGACCAACACGUAUGUCCAGCACAUGCUGCCCUUUAUCGCUGGUCUUGGUCCACGUAAAGCGCAGGCUCUUUUGAACGGUAUCCGGACGCGUCUGGAUGGUAUCGUUGUAAACCGUGAGGUGCUCGUGCGCCGCGGUAUUUUGACUUUUGUCGUAUGGAACAAUGCCGCUUCGUUCCUGCGCAUUGAUCAAGAUGCCGCGGCCGAUGCAGCCGAUGAGGACGCGCAGCCUGACGUGCUUGACGCCACACGUAUCCACCCUGAAGACUAUGAUUUUCCGCGCCAAAUGGCUCGAGAUGCGCUUAACAAACACGAAGAGGACUUGGAAGGUGAGCAUCCCAGCGUUGCAUGCGCCGAGAUUAUGGAAGAUGCCCGACCCUCAGAAAAGCUCGCAGCUCUUGACUUGGACAACUAUGCCGCCAUGUUGUGGGAACGCCGUGGUCUGCGCAAGCGUCUGACGCUCUUGACCUGCAAGCAGGAAUUGAUCCGGCCGUAUGAUGACUGGCGGCCGCCGCAGCUGCUGCCGACGGCCGAAGAGCUAUUUAUGAUGUUCACGGGUGAAACACGCCGUUCGCUUGCCGAGGGCUAUGUCGUGCCUGUGGUCGUAACGCGCAUCGAAGAAGGCCGUGACAUCGAAGGCCUUUUGCGGGUGCGUCUCGAGGCGGGUAUGGACGGUGUCAUUGCCGGUCGGGAUAUCAUGCCGGGCUACAAUUCACGCGACGUGCGUCUACGGCGUCUCUUCCGCUCUGGUCAGGCCCUAAACGCUGUGGUGGUCCAUCUUGAUAUCCAACGAAUGCGGGCCGAGCUCAGUUUGCGUGCUGAGGCAUUUGAGCACGUGAACCCCGCACAAGGCCGCACGCCCGUGGACGCCAUGUACUUUGAUCAUGAGCGUGCGCAGAUGGCGAUUGAUGCGGCCGAAGAGCGCGCACGUCGUCGUCACCAAAACCGCAUCGGGCGUCGUGUCAUUGAUCAUCCCAACUUCCACAACUUCAAUGCGAUUCAAGCGCAAAACUUCCUGGCAACGCAGCCACGUGGCUCGGUGGUGGUUCGUCCCAGCUCUCGAGGUAUGGACCACCUGGCUGUGACAUGGAAGGUCGAUGAUGGCGUAUACCAGCACAUUGAUGUGCUUGAGCUCGAUAAGGAGAACGACUAUGCCCUGGGUCGAAUCUUGCGUGUGGCAGAUAUGGGCUCCUACGCUGAUUUGGACGACCUGAUCGUGAAUCAUGUGCGCCCGAUGGCCUCUAUGGUAGAGAUGAUGAUGAACCACGAAAAGUACAAAGGGGCUGACGAGCAAGCAUUGCACACGUAUCUUACCAAUGUGUCACUCGCGAACCCGACUCGUUCUGUAUAUGCCUUUGGCCUGAACAAACAGCACCCAGGCUACUUUGACCUGGCAUUUAAGGCAAACAGCCAGGCGCCGAUCCAGACGUGGCCCGUGAAGGUGCUGCCAGGCGCUUUCAAGUUGGGUCAGGCCACGCAGCUGGCCGAUGUGGCGGCUCUGACCAAUGCAUUCAAGACGCAGUACAUGGCUCAGACGAGCGGGGGCCGUGGGGAUCGGACUUCAGCCCCUCAUGGCGGUAUGACGCCUGGCUAUUACUAUGGCGGCCGCACGCCGGGCCGCGGCGGUACGACGCCUGGUUACUAUGGCGGAGCCACCCCCAGCUACGGUACCAUGCCGGCCUACGGACAUCCGCCGCCGCCACGUGGACCGCCUGGUGCGUCACGCUGGUGA